AUGAAUACAACAAUAAUUAAUUCAGAUUGUAUUGUAACAGCAGAUGCAAGUAUUAUUUAUAUAUUUUAUAUUGGUGGUGGACUAUUGGCACUAGCUGGUACAAUAUUAAAUUUAUUUUCAUGUAUUCUAUUUUUUAAUACAAAAUCAUUGGCUAAAACACCUUAUUCAAUCUUCAUUAUUGGUUUAUCUAUUGUCGAUAUUUUAAAAUUAUUUGCCGAAUAUUAUUUUCAUUUAUUUUAUAUUUAUUUUAAGCAUCCCUAUUUUGUUUGUUCAGUAACAUGGUUUCUAACACUGGCUAGUGAAAAUAUAUCCUAUGCAUUUCUAUGCGCAUUAGGUAUCGAGAGAAACUUAAAGGUGUGGAUAAUUGAAAAAAAAUAUUUAAUUACACGUAAACGUGCAAUAAAAAUUACUUGUUUUAUUUUUAUAUGUGUUUGUAUUUAUAAUCAUCCAUUUUUAUUAUAUCCAAAAACAGCUUAUUAUUGUCAUUUUAAUUCUACUCGAAUAUUAUUUGAAUGUGAAAAUGCCGUCUAUUCAAAAUAUUUUGGUAAAUCUAUUACAAUUUCAAAAUUAUUAUUAAUUGAAAAUAUGGGUUUAAAUAAUAUUGUAUUACCAUUGCUUAUUGUUUUAACAAAUAUUAUACUUGUUAUUGGUUUACAUUAUCGUUCAAGACAACGUAAACAAUGGCAUCAUGCUAUACGUUUAUCAAAAACAAAUUCAACACAAGAAAAUAUUUUUAAUGAUUGGAGAGAAAAAAGUGUUGUUGUCUAUAUGUUAUUAUCAUCUAUUGCCUUUUUUUUAUUAACAACACCUACAGGUAUUCAAGGUAUUAUAUCAUUAACAAAAGAAAAUAAACUUUAUUAUAAUAAUUUAUCAUUCAUACUUAAUUUAAUGGAAAUUCUUCAUCAUUGCUCACAUUUUCCAAUAUUAUUAGCAACAAGUUCUAUUCUUCGAAUAAAAAUGAAAAAAAUUUUAUGUCAGUUAGUUCAUCCAAGUCGAAGAAAUAAUCAUUAUUACUAUAAUCAUCAGAGACAUAAUAGUGAACGUUCAACAAUCGUUUUUCAUCAUACAACGGAUAAAAUUCAUCCUAAUAAUCGAGUAAAAUCAAUAGGAGAAAAAAUAUUAUUAGAAAAUUAUACAAUGAAUAAAACAAAUAAUCAUCGUUCAACAGUGCAGACAAGUGAAUCUGAAAUAGUAUUUUCGAGUGGUUCAGAAAGAAGUUAG